AUGUCACCGCCCACAUCAGAAGCGUCUUGGCCGGCAGGCAUUCCGGAGAUCCGCCAGCAUACGACGGACUUAUCCCAGGAAGAGCUCAGGGAAGAGGCCAAGGGAUGGUUGCUAUUUGUACGGGAAAAGAUUCAGCCCACAUCGACUCCUGAAGAUGGGCUGCGUCAACGGCGAGCGCUAAUAGAGCAAUGGGCCACCGCCAGUCAAGAGUUCCGCGAGACCUACCAUAGUCGUUCCGCAGGAUACAGCUCGGCUUACGACUACCCGGCCUCGGUUCUUUCGCAGAUCGCCCCACGACCCAACAAACGCUUCUUGUGCCUUCCCUCCGUGGACCGGCAGACCCAUCCGCGUAACUAUAUCCACCUCGUGAAGUUCCUGAUUUUGUUGUAUAUCCACCAAGACGAAUGGAAUGGGGUGCACCCCUUCGAAGAGCAUGGAGCAGGCACCGCUCCUAACCACCACCUUCCGGACCUCCUUGGCUGUGGGCCCACCACCAGGCCAAUCACCACCUACGACGAGAUUCUUCCCUCGCUGUAUCUCACCCCAGCGGAUUUCCAUGCCCUCUCCAUGACCCGCCAGGGCACGGUGGUGUUUGACAACGGGCCGAACCUCACGUGGUUCGUGAUCGAUGCGCCGGGACUUGCCACAGGGCGACUGGCCCUGGUGGACUUUAGCUCAAAUGGCCACGUCCGCGUCUCGACCCUUCGUCGACCCUGGAAUAUGGGCCAAACCAUGGCCUUCGAGCAAAUUCUGGGUAGAUAUCUUGGCGAGAUCGUUGAGUCAUGCAUUGGAGGCCCGCCGCAGUAUAACGAAGUCUUGGAUAUGGAUCUUCCUAUUCUUGACAUCUUGGAGUCAACCCGGUUGAAUAACAAGUUCCUCUGCUCAGGCUACGGAUCUCGGGACCUCUGGAUCCGCCUUAUCAACGAGAGUGCGCCGGGAUAUCUAGAGCUGGAGGCCCAAGGACGGGAGGUGGAGUUCGAGCUAGAUAAAUUGCUGGUUAUCGACCUUUGA